AUGAAGCCCAGAUAUGAAUAUGAAACAACAAUUUCACCUACAAGCAACUUGUCAUCAAACAGCUUCUUGUGUAUGGAAAACAGAUCCCUUACCUUAAAGCCAACACAAGACACAACAGAGUGUGGAAGAGAAAUUAAAUCACUAAUGUGGAUAUAUGUACUAGUAGGAAAUAUUAUACGUGGAAUGGGUGAAACUGCCAUCAUGCCCUUGGGUAUUUCUUACAUAGAAGAUUUUGCUAAAUCUGAAAACUCUCCUUUAUACAUUGGGAUUUUACAAAUAGGAAUAACCAUUAGCUACUGGAUUGGAUAUUCCUUGGGAUCUUUCUGUGCUAACAUUUAUGUAGACACUGACUCUGUGAAUACAGAUGACCUGACCAUAACUCCCGAAGAUACACGCUGGGUCGGUGCUUGGUGGAUUGGCUUUUUGAUCUGUGCAGGAGUGAAUAUCCUGACCAGCAUCCCCUUUUUCUUCUUUCCAAAAACACUCCCAAAGGAAGGAUUACAGGAAAAUGGGGAUGGAACUGAAAAUGCCAAAGAGGAGAAGCACAGAGAAAAAGCCAAGAAGGAAAACCAAAGAAUCAUUAAAGAUUUCUUUCCAUUAAUGAAGAGCCUCUCCUGCAAUCCAGUUUAUAUGCUUUAUCUCCUUAUAAGUGUGCUCCAGUUCAAUACAUUUGUCAGUAUGAUAUCUUAUGUUCCUAAGUACCUGGAACAGCAAUAUGGAAAAUCAUCUGCAGAUGUACUUUUCAUCAUGGGUAUUUAUAUGUUACCUCCAAUAUGCCUUGGAUAUUUACUUGGUGGUUUGAUUAUGAAGAAGUUCAAGAUUACUGCCAAAGAAGCUGCAUACAUAGCAUUCUGGCUAUCCCUGUCUGAGUACCUUCUAACUUUGUCUAACUAUAUGACAAACUGUGACAAUUUCCAAGUUGCUGGCUUAACUUCCUCUUAUGAAGGAGUUCAGCACCCUCUACAUGUGCAGAAUGAGGUCCUUGCUGACUGCAACACGAGGUGUAGCUGCUUAACGAACACAUGGGAUCCAGUGUGUGGAGACAAUGGCCUAGCAUACAUGUCAGCCUGCCUCGCGGGCUGUGAGAAGUCUGUUGGGAAUGGAAUCAACAUGGUGUUUCAGAAUUGCAGCUGCAUUCGGCCAUCAGGAAACUCAUCUGCAGUCCUCGGGCUGUGUAAGAAAGGCCCCGACUGUGACAACAUGCUGAAGUACUUUAUAAUCAUAUUUUCAAUCAAAAUGUUCAUCUUCUCAUUAUCAUCUAUACCUGGGUACAUGGUUCUUCUGAGGUGUAUGAAGUCUGAAGAGAAGUCACUUGGAGUUGGAUUACAUACAUUUUGCAUAAAAAUAUUCGCUAGCAUUCCAGCACCUAUUUACUUUGGAGCUUUGAUAGACAGAGCCUGUUUACACUGGGGAACUCUGAAAUGUGGUGUGAAAGCCGCAUGCAGGAUAUAUGAUAUAAAUAGUUUCAGGUACCUUUUCUUUGGGCUGCCUGCUACACUAACAGGAUCGAGCUAUCUCCCUGCAUUCUUCCUUCUAAGACUUAUGAGGAAAUUCCAGUUACCUGAGGACACUGGCUCUUCAGAAACUGAACUUGCAGAGAUGAAGCUCAUAGAGAAGGAAGACAAUUGCACAGAUGUGCACAGAAGUCCUAAGGUCGAGAGUGAUGGAGAACUGAAAGCUAAGCUGUAA